AUGGUCCAGGGUGCCUUGCAGCCUGACGGCCCUGGCUGGGGUUGGGAUGCGGAUGGGGACGAUGACUGGAACGGUGCUGUGCUGACCCUGCUGGCGCUGGCUGUGGUGGCUGCCACGGCACUGGCUUUGCACUGGUUUGGCUCUGGGCAUGACCAGGAGGCAGCAGGACCAGCGUCCAUUGCCCCCGGGGCCCAGCCUUCUCAGGCGGGAGGAGCCAGGCCAGCCCUACCCCCAAAGACUAAGGUCAGUGAUGGCGUCGAGGGACCCAGCUCAGGGCAGGGGAAGCCAGACCCUCCAGGACGCGGCCAGGGGAGUCCAGCGGCAGCAGGGGCCCAGGAUCAGGAGCCCCCAGGAGGUGGAGGUCUGGCUGCCACAGCCGCACCUCCACUCAAGACACCUGGUGAAGCGGCCAGCGGAGGGGCCUUGGGACAGCAGCAUGGUAAUGCCACCCCAGAAGCCACCCGAGGUAAAGGAAGGGAGCCGUUCAGGCCAGGUGCUGCCCUCCUGGGUAGGAGCAAAGUAGGGGGGACAUCUGCCCCCCUCCUGAUACACUUCAACCCUCGGAGUCCUGGCAGAGAAGUGGAGGUACAGUUGGAGGCAGGAGGCGUCCGAGCCAAGGUGCCAGCUCACCAGGUCCCUGGCCACACAGCGGAACAGGACACCAGCCCCUGGCAACCAAGUGUGGGGCCACAUGGCUCACUGGGGAGAGGCCUAGGAAGCCGGCAGUGGCAGGUGGACAACAGCUCAGGAGCUAGAACUUGCCAGCCCACAAAGCUGGACCUCCUACGCCUGGGCACUGUGGUGAGUGUGUGGGACACCGUGGAUGCAGCCAGCAGCCUCUCCGUAAGCUCUAAGAGGCCCCUUUUCCCCCAGGAGCUGCCGUCAUCACACACCCUGCAGACCAGGCCCCUGACAGGUGGCUCAAAGGUGGGGCGUGGGAAGAGCAGGCCUCCACUGGCCCCAGGCCUAGCCAUGGACUCAGGGGCCAAAGCUGCUGAGAGCAGGGAGGCUGGGCCUCUGGCCCCCAGGGAGUCUCAGGGGUCCCCACCCUCUGUGGAAGGCUGGCCUUGGGCGAGGAGGGAGGUCCUUGUCACCAGGAGCUUCAGCCAGGCCCCAGGCUCCAUGGGCCUGUGGCCAGAGGAACCGCAGUGGGGACGCCCCCUCUUGUCCCAAGGGCAGGAAACCACAGAAGCCUGCAAUGCAGGAAAGGCCAACGGCUCUGGAGACCACUCCUUCUUCAGCUCACGGCCGGGCAGGACAGAAAAGUCAGGGGGCCCCAGCGUGGGAGAAGGGAGUGUAUUCCGGCAAGGCCAGGGAGAGCAGAACAGUGGGCAGGUGGCCAACGUUCGGGGUGGAGGGAAGCCAGCCACAGACACCCUCAGCAGUGCCCCAGCCCCGAGCCCCUCAGCCACGCUACCCCCACGCAUCCCUAAGCACCUCCCACCCUCAGCUUCCUCGCCCACAGCACAUGUGCACCCCGGUCUCUUACCUGUAGCCCCAACUGCUCCCACCUCCUAUCCUUCAGACUCUUUGCCCCUCAGAGUUAGCCAGGUUCCUGCUGGGGAUGAAAAUCUCAGAGCAGUGCCAGUGCCAGCCCCAGCCCCAGCCCCUGCCCCAGCCCCAGCCACCGCCCCAGCCCCAGCUGCUGUCCCAGCCCCAGCCACUGCCCCAGCCCCGGAGCCAGCCCCAAUCUCAGCCCCAGCUGCAGCCGCAGCCCCUGCGCCAGCCCUAGCCCCAACCCCAGCCCCUGCCCUAGCUAGUGGGUCAAGGCCUACAUCUCAGGAGCCCAGUGUGGCUCUCUGCAAGGGCAAUCAGGAGAGGCAGAUCUCAACCAGCUGGGGAAACCUUAUUUCUAUGGUUCUUAGGAGUCAUCCCUUCCCCAGGCAAGAGAGGCCCCAAGGGAGAGCCUCAAGGGCAGCUCUGGAGAGCCUUAGAGAUCCUGGCACUUCCACACCCUCUAAGAACAGAGAGUCUGAUUCUCCCCCUGAGGGUUCUGUCCCCAGCCUUGAGGACAGGCAAGGCUCCUCAGCCAGGAUGGUCACAGGGGCAGGCACAGGGAGCCUGGCUGAGCCUGGACGUCAGCCACAGCAGAGAAGCUCCGAGAUGAUUGGGGCUCCUGCUCCCAGCCCUCCCUCAGGCCCAGGAGGAGAUGGAAGUGUGGAGAAAGGUCUGGACUCCCUGCUGCCAGCCGCAAUGCCCAGGACCCCCUCAUGGUCCCCUGAGCAGACGCAGCCUGGCCCCGCACCCUCCCCUGCUGCAAGGCGGCACUCACAGCCUGUCCCCCAGCCACGGAAACGCAGCAUGUGUGAAAUAACCAAGAGCUCUGAGCCGGAGAUCAGCCAGGUGGCCCCAGGGCAGCGCCAGGGAGAGGCACCAGGGGAGAGGCCCAGCCCUGCAGGCGGCAGAGGGGGUCUCACAGAGAAGCAGAAAGAGGCCCGCAAACUCAUGGUGUUUCUGCAGAGGCCUGGGAGCUGGGGGGUGGUGGAGGGGCCCUGGAAGCCCAGCUCCCGUGACUGCAAGCCGGCUUUGGCAGCAGCUCUGCAGCGGCGGCUGGACCUGGGCAGCUGCCUGGAUGUCCUGGCCUUUGCCCAGCAGCAUGGGGAGCCUGGCCUGGCCCAGGACACCUUUGCCUUGAUGAGUGACAAUCUGCUGCAUGUGCUGGGAGACCCAAACCUCUACCGGCAGCUGAGUGGGUCUCAACGGGAGCGCAUCCUGAGCCUUCGUACUGGCCGGGGCCAGGCAGUGCUGGGGGUCCUUGUGCUGCCCAGCCUCUACCAGCUGAGCUGCUCGGGGAUCACAAGGGGCCCUGGUGUGGAGCAGGCUCCUGAGGCCAGGCCUGCUCCCCUGCCUCCUCACACGUACCUGCACGUGUUCAACCCCCAAGAGAACACGUGGCGGCGCCUGACCCAGGUGCCUGAGGAGGCCCCGCUGAGGGGCUGUGGUCUCUGCACCAUGCACAACUAUCUGUUCCUGGCGGGGGGCGUCCGUGGCUCCGGCGCCAAAGCUAUCUGCUCCAAUGAGGUCUUCUGCUACAACCCUCUGACCGACAUCUGGAGCCAGGUGCGGCCCAUGCAGCAGGCCCGUGCCCAGCUCAAACUGGUGGCCCUGGAUGGGCUGCUCUAUGCCAUCGGGGGUGAGUGCCUAUACAGCAUGGAGUGCUAUGACCCACGCACAGACGCCUGGACCUCACGUGCGCCCCUCCCUGCAGGCACCUUCCCUGUGGCACACGAGGCUGUGGCCUGCCGUGGGGACAUCUAUGUCACUGGGGGCCACCUCUUCUACCGCUUGCUCAGGUACAGCCCUGUGAAGGACAUGUGGGAUGAGUGCCCCUACAGUGCCAGCCACCGGCGUUCCAGCGACAUGGUGGCGCUGGGGGGCUUCCUGUACCGCUUUGACCUGCUGCGGGGCGUGGGUGCUGCGGUGAUGCGCUACAACACUGUGACAGGCUCCUGGAGCCGAGCCGCCUCCCUGCCCCUGCCCGACCCCGCCCCCCUCCGCUGCACGGUUCUGGGCAACACCAUUUACUGCCUCAACCAUCAGGUCACAGCGACCUUCAUGGUCUCCGAGGCGACUGCCCAGUUCCAGGCCAAGGAGCUGCAGCCUUUUCCCCUGGGGAGUAAGGGGGUCCUCUGUCCAUUCAUCCUGACUGUGCCCCCUGCGGACCCACUGCAGACUGCCCUCUGA